AUGGCGUGUAUAUCGUUGACCUGCAACACGCGAGAGUCCGUUUCUGGUGAUCAGAGGAGAGCAUAUGAUGGGUUCGAUGCUUUGGAGAAAGUUUUGCCUAUAAGGAACGGCAUAGCUAAGUUCUACUGUGAAAAAUCCAAAUCUUUUACCAGCCUGUCUUCCAUUAAAGAUAUUGCUACUAGGAUCUUAGUUGCCAUUGCAGAAGCCACGAAAGGACAUAUUGUUAUGAAGUGCUGCAGUAACAAAACCCUUGGAUUUCCGUUCACGGCUUCUUUAAGAAUCAUUAAUCAAGAUUGCCUCCACACUAUGCGAGACAUCACUGAAAAAGCCCUUCAUGGUAAUUCUGGAGAAAGUUCAUCAAGAAACUGGUUAUUAAAUCCAUUAAAUGCUGCUCAGAGUUCUACAUCAAAUUCUACUAUGAUGCCAUUUAAUGGUGGACAAAGUUCACGAUUAAACCAGAUGAUGAUUUCAUCCAAUGCUAAAAGUGAAGGUUCAUAUAGAAACCAGACGAUUCCCUUUAUUGCUUCUCGACACUCUUCAUCAAAUCCCAUUGUGAUGCCAUUCAAUGGUGGGCCAAGUUCAGGAUAUAACCAGAUGAUGAUUCCAUUGAAUGCUAAUGCUGCAGAAAGUUCAUCUAGAAAUCAGAUAAUGAUGCCAUUAAAUGGUGGUCGAAGAUCUGUAUCAAAUCCUAAUGUGAUGCCAUUCAAUUGUAGACGAAGAUCGGGGUCAAACGAAAUGAUGAUGUCACGUUAUUUCCACGAGUCCAUAAUCCAUAACUUCUCUAACAUGAGAGUUGGAAGGAAUGCAUUCCCGAGAAAUAAUCAACUCAUAAAUGAGGUACUACCAGAAGACAGGACUAUGUUUGUAACAUUUUCUAGGGGUUAUCCUGUGGCUGAAAUGGAAGUUAGGCACUUCUUCGCAACGGUCUAUGGGAAUUGCAUAGAGUCCUUCCGCAUGCAGGAGGGGGGGCCUUAUGAGCAACCGCUUUAUGCUUGGGUCGUGUUCCGCAAAGCCUCGUUUAUUGAGGAAAUUCUCAAUGGUGCGGAGAAGGCCAAGUUUACCAUGAAUGGAAUGCACAUUUGGAUGCGCAAGUUUGUGCCUAGAAACGAGGGCUCCUCUUAA